ACUGCUCUUUUAGUUUUCAUUUAGCUAACAGUAUAUUUGUAGCUAAGAUGGAGGAAGCCGAUAAUGAAUCCCGAUCGUCUGGAAACAAGCUGUUAUACUAUGUAAAUGAUACACCGCCGUGGUACUUAUCAAUUUUGUUAGGUUUACAGCACUACUUGACCAUGUUUGGUGCAACUAUUGUAGUUCCACUUGUACUUGCACAAUCCCUGUGCUACGAUCACGACAAUGUUGCCAAAGCUGAAAUAUUAUCAACCAUAUUCUUCGUGUCAGGCCUUUCCACCUUGUUACAGACCACCUUUGGAACGAGAUUGCCUAUAGUUCAGGGGGCGACCUUUAGCUUUCUUAUUCCCACUCAGGCACUAUUUUCAAAAUGUCCUACAAUACCUACAAAUAAUGGAACAUUGAUAAGUACUCCAUCAGUACCAGAAUCGAGUGAUGAUGUAGAAUGGAAAAUAAGAAUGAGAGAGCUCCAGGGAGCUAUUAUUGUUGCUUCUCUUUUCGAAGUUUUUCUAGGCUUUACGGGUCUCAUUGGAGGAAUAAUUAAAUUUAUUGGGCCUUUAGUUAUUGCUCCUACGAUAACUUUAGUGGGACUGUCCCUAUUCGAAGCGGCAUUUAAUUUUUCCUCCCAACAUUGGUGGAUAGCUUUAUUAACGGUAGUUUCAAUCAUCAUCUUCUCUCAGAUUAUUCAUAAUCUAGAUGUUAGAAUUCCCGCUUAUACAAGGGAUGGAGGCUGUUAUAUAGGCCGAUUUCCUUUAUUUAAAUCCUUUCCUGUAUUACUCGGAAUAGCCAUAUCGUGGAUUUUAUGUGCUAUACUUACUGCCACAGACGUCUUCCCUAAUGAUAAAGAUAAAUGGGGCUAUGCAGCUAGAACAGAUACGAAGAUUGACGUAUUAACAAAUACAAAAUGGUUUCGCUUUCCAUAUCCUGGACAGUGGGGUAGGCCAACAGUAACUGUAAAAGGAGUUUUUGGCAUUUUAGCUGGAGUACUAGCAUCCGCGGUCGAAAGUAUAGGAGAUUAUUACGCUUGCGCUAGAUUAAGUGGGGCACCACCUCCUCCACCUCACGCUGUAAAUAGAGGUAUUGGAAUAGAGGGUAUAUCCUGCGUCUUGGCAGGGUUAUGGGGAAGCGGUAAUGGAACAACCUCUUAUAGUGAAAAUAUAGGAGCGAUUGGAUUGACCAAGGUUGCAAGUCGAAGAGUCGUACAAUGUGGUGCAUUAUUUAUGCUUCUUUUUAGUCUUGUCGGUAAAUUUGGAGCCGUUUUUGUAACUAUACCAGAUCCAAUAAUUGGAGGAUUAUUUUGUGUUACAUUUGGAAUGAUUACGGCUAUUGGUCUAUCAAACUUGCAAUUUGUUGAUUUAAAUUCAUCAAGAAACCUCUUCGUAAUAGGAUUUUCAAUAUUCUCUGCUCUAACAAUAUCUAAGUGGAUGGCGAAUAAUCGAUCGAGCAUUAAAACUGGUGAAGAAGUAAUUGAUCAGAUAUUCGUUGUUUUAUUAAGUACAAGUAUGUUUGUUGGUGGUUUUGUCGCCUUUAUUCUUGAUAACAUUCUCCCAGGCUCUAGAAAGGAAAGAGGUAUGACAACUUGGCUGGAGAGCGCAGAAAGUUCGUCUAACGUUAAUAACGACAACGAUGAAAUCUAUGACCUACCAGAGAUACCAUUUCUUUCAAAAUAUUUAAGAUGUUGUGGUUUAUCCACAAGAAAAUACCUACCCUUUUGCCCAGGUUUCCAAGGUCUAAAUGUGUGUGGAAAACGCAGCUGUCCCUCAGUCUGCCGCUGUUAUAAGAAAAACGAUUUUGAAAUAAACGAAAAUGGAAAGUCUAACGCUGGUUUCGUAGAUGUAGAAAAAGAAAAUAACUCGACGAAGAACAUUUCCGUGACAAAAGUAUAA